AUGGAUGCUGUGACCACACAAUCUGUGACCCUAGAUUCACUCCAUGCGCGGUCACUGUACAUCUUAUUCAGAUCAAUCACCCUCUCGCCAUCUGAUGUGUUAUUGUAUCUCAAGUUUGUGGCUAUUGUGAGUUUCACAAUUCUGUGCUGGGAUCAUAUGAUCACCUUUGUGGACGAGGUAGACUUGAUCUGGUGUAAACACAAAGGACUUGCUGGGUAUCUCUUUCUGCUGAAUCGAUAUAUCACACCUCUGGGAUUUGUUGUCAACAUUAUUGAUGAGUCAGUGCUGACCCUCCCCAAUUGGCCCACAAAGAGGUUUGUGGCUUCCGAUCUAAAGAUGACUGGCAUCAAACUGCUGUUAAGUUGCAGAAAUUUCGUCAGAUAUCAAGGUGCCAUGGUGAUCCUUGGUGUCAGUAUAGCAGAAUUGAUAAUGCUGAUGCGGGUCCAUGCUUUGUAUCGGGAAUGCAGGCUUGUCAUUGCGGCCAUAGGCCUUCUCUUAUUAGUCCAGGUUGCAUUUGAGGCAUAUUUGAUGGCUCUUGGCAAAAGACCCUCCUCCUUGGCCUUCUUUGGUGGACCCUCUCUGGCCAUUGGUGGACCUCUUCUCUGGCCGUUGAUGGACCCUCCUCCUGCUCCGUUCGGACUCUCCUCCCUGGCCUCCUUCAUGGACCUCUCCUCCCUGGCUCUUUGGUGA